AGAAAGAAAAUCAACAAAGACGGUUAACUUAACUCAAAAAAGAAAAGAAAAGAAGAGAAAAAACGGUGAAGAAGUUUCCUCAUCGGUUCUGUCAACAAAAUGAAAUAAAAACGUUUCCUCAUCGGAAGCAAGAGUUAAACAACAAGACUUCAAUUCGAAGCCAAAAUCAUAAUAACAUUCAUUCAACCAAAUCGCAAUUCAUUAACAACGUUUCCUUUUAUUCCUUCAUAUUUUCUUUCGAUUUCUCACCACAACAUUCUUGCUGUGCGUUUUCUUAAUCCAUUAUAUUGCUGCAGCUAUGCGGAGCCACAUUAUGUGUAGUGGGUGUAGGAACCUCUUGCUUUACCCUAGAGGAGCGAGCAAUGUUUGUUGUGCAUUGUGCAACACAAUUACCCCUGUUCUUCCUCCCGGAAUAGAAAUGUCACAACUUUAUUGUGGAGGCUGUAGGACAUUGCUAAUGUACUCUCGUGGAGCUACUAGUGUGCGAUGUUCCUGCUGUAAUACUCUAAAUCUUGUACCAGAUUGUAAUCAAAUGAGCCAUAUCCAUUGUGGGAACUGCCGGACAACACUUAUGUAUCCUUAUGGAGCUCCCUCAGUCAAAUGUGCAAUUUGUCACUAUAUCACUAAUGUCUGCACGACCAACGGAAGGCCGCCAAUUCCUGCAAAGAGACCUAAUGAAACAACCGGCUCCGGAACGUCAAGACCCCGCUUUGAGAGCCAAACUGUAGUAGUAGAAAAUCCCAUGUCCGUUGAUUCAAGUGGGAAAUUGGUAAGCAACGUUGUUGUUGGCGUUACAACAGAGAAGAAAUGAUGAUACUUAACAAUUACUGGUGCUUUAAAAUAUUGUUGGUGUAUGUGAUGUUUUGAGGCCUGCAAUGAUUGAAUAGACUCUUCUCCAUCCAAGGCUUAGAAUGAUUUCAUGUAUUUAUGUGUAUUAUACAAGGUUGGACAAGUGAAAAAGAGCACAAAGCUUGUCAUUAUGUGAUUGCUACAGCCCACUUUUUUGCCUCAUUUUGUAUCUAUAGCCAAAUCAAUAUGUUCUUUCUGAUUAUGUCUUGAAUUACAAGUCUUGGAUGUGCUUUUGAUGUUUUGAUUUUGGUGACUUGGUAAGCAUGGUCGGUAGAACCAAUGUGUAGUUCAAAUAGCAUUUACAUAGAAUUUUUUAUUUUAUCCCAGUGGCUAUUCAAUUGGUAAUUAUCCAUUA